AUGGAAGGUCUGACUGUUGUACUGUUUGGAAACUCUCCAUCUGUCCAGUUUGAACCUGAAAACAUUCUGCUUGAAGGAGAAAAGCCUUUUAAAACUGUAGAAACAUCCAAGAUCGUUCCUUUACAGAGGGAGAUAGCAAAGCGUCAUGUGUCUGUGAUCAACAUGAUUGAUUUACAUGAGACUGACUCUGUGGAUCAUCUCAUUGAUCAAUUAGUGAAAGAAAAUGAAAUCCACGCCUUCAUCUUUGUUGUGCGACUGGGCCAGUUAACAGAUGAUGAUAAGAUGGGUCUUGAAUGGGUUCAGAGAGUGUUUGGAGACAAAGUUCUUCAGUUUGUGAUGAUUCUCUUCACCUAUGAGAGAGAAGAAGAGUCUGACACUAUAAACGACAUAAAAAACCCUGUUCUGGAGCAGCUGCUGGAGAAAUGUGGAGGAAGAUUUCACACCUGCAACAAGAUGAUGAACAACCAAUCAGAGAUGAGAGACCUGAUGAACAAGAUUGAGCUUCUGUUUAAUGAGAAUAAACAGCAGCUCUACACUGGAGAGAUGUUAAAACAGAGAGAAGACCUGAAAACCAGUGGAUGUCAAACAUAUUGCAUUCCAGAACCCACAAUCAGUGAAGAAAGAAUGGAAGACACUACAACAUCAGAGACUGGAGAAAAACAUGGCGGAAAAAACAAAGACUUGGAAACAAGAGUCAGACAAGAUCAAUGCCUACAACAGGAAGAUACUAAAAAAAGGAAUCUAUUUCAAAGACUUCAUCUUGAAGGCAGACAACACAAUAAACUGAGAACUGCAGAUGUUCCUCAGUUAACAGCACUUUCUUUACAAUCCCAUGAGUCUUGUUCUGAAGAGGAGCUGAUUCAGACUUUCCUUCAAAAACUACUAAUGAUGGACUACAGCGCAAGAUACGUAAAUGUUAAGGGGAAAAAACAGGAUCACAAACAACGAAGAGACAAAAACUCUGAAAAUCAGGGUGAUAUCUGUGAUGUUUUUAAAGAUUUAUCUUUAUCCAACAUAGAAACAAGCCAGUCUGAGCAAAUUCACCCGAUGGAUGUUCAGAUGGCUGUGUUUCAUUGUGCUGAUGGUUUCCUGAAGCAGCUGAUGGUGACUAAACUGUCCCAGUGUCAGUACGCUCUGCCUCUGCUUGUUCCUGAUCCAUUCACACGACGGAUUGAGUUUCCUCUCUGGACAUUUAGACAAAUCAACAAGAGCUGGAAGAUAAAACAUACCAACAAUGAAACCAUCAGUCAAACCCAGCCGAUCUACAAGGCAUCAACUCCAAUGGUGUUUUUCUUCAGGUUUGGCUCUGUGUCUUCAUCCAAGUCUCAGCUGAUGAACAGUCUGAUCAAUGAGAAACACAACACGUUCUUCCACAGGAACUGCCCAGGCAGCAGCAGAACCAGAGAACUGAUGGAUGGAGUUGUGGAGAUUGCCUGGUUCUGCCCCUCUGGGAAAAACGCGGAUAAAUUCACUGACCAUGUUUCAUUCUGUAAUCUACACGGUGAUGCAAGGGGCCAUGAGAAACAGCUGCAGAUCCUCACUCAAAUGGCCUCAAAGAUGAAUCUCCAGUAA